UCACUGUUCAGCUUCUAUACACUCUUGAGCUAUUCCAGAUGCAGCCCUGUAAAACCCUCUGAAGCUACAUACAGCACUGAAUAAAUAACCUGUACAUGUGAUGAUGGAAGAUAUUGAUAUAAAAAUCGUUGGAGACACAGAACAAAAUUCAGCUAAUAAUGUGGACUUGGAUGACCAGCCACCCAACAAAAAGGAAAAGAAAAACAAAAAUCCAGAAACCAUUGGUCCAAUCACAAUUUUCCGUUAUGCAGAUAGUCUGGACAUAACUCUUAUGAUACUGGGAGCAGUAGCAGCAGUAAUCAAUGGAACUUGUCUUCCUCUACUGUCACUGGUUUUUGGUGAAAUGAGUGAUAGCUUUGUGAAUAAUUGUCGAUCCUACGAAAAUGUUUCAAGUUCAUCACACUGCAAUCAGACUCAGAUGCCCUCUGAAGAGCAAAUAACAGUGUUUUCUUUAUAUUAUGUUGGUAUUGGAGUAGCCGCUCUGCUGUUCAGCUACCUACAGAUUUCAUUCUGGGUUUUAGCUGCAACCAGGCAGACAAAAAAAAUAAGAAGAAUGUUCUUCCAUGCAGUUCUGAGACAGGAAAUCAGCUGGUUUGACAUCACCACCAGUGGAGAACUUAACACACGCUUGAUUGAAGACAUCAAUAAAAUCAAUGAUGGCAUUGGAGACAAGAUCGCUCAGCUGAUUCAGAACAUGACAACUUUUAUAGUAGGCAUAGUGAUUGGUUUUGUGAUUGGAUGGAAGCUAACACUUGUGAUCCUGUCUACCAGCCCUCUGGUAGUCUUAUCAGCAGCAUUUUGUUCUAAGAUGAUCAUCACAUUAACCAGUAAGGAGCUAACAGCCUAUUCCAAAGCAGGUGCAAUAGCAGAAGAAGUCCUAUCAUCAGUGCGAACUGUUGUAGCCUUUGGAGGACAAGAGAAGGAAAUAAAAAGGUAUACAAGUAGGCUGGGAGAAGCAAAAAACAUUGGUAUAAAAAAGGCAAUUGCUUCUAAGUUGUCCCUGGGUUUUGUGUACCUAAUUAUAAAUGGAUGUUAUGGGCUUGCUUUUUGGUAUGGAACUACCCUGAUCCUUGAAGAUAAUUCUGAAUAUACCAUUGGGUCUGUUCUUGCAGUUUUCUUCUGUGUAACUUACAGCAGUUAUUGCAUUGGCUUAGCAUCACCUCACUUUGAAACCUUUGCUAUUGCUAGAGGAGCAGCCUUUAAAGUUUUCAAGAUCAUUGAUGAGAAUCCUUCUAUAGACAGUUUUUCUUCAGAUGGACACAAACUCAGUCACAUAAAAGGGACAUUGGAAUUUGACAAUGUCCGGUUCAGUUAUCCUUCAAGACCAGAUAUCCAGAUUUUGAAAGGCCUCAGUCUGAAAAUUGGUGCUGGACAAACAGUGGCAUUGGUUGGGAGCAGUGGAUGUGGGAAGAGCACAACAGUUCAGUUGCUGCAGAGGUUUUAUGAUCCACAAGAGGGAGUGAUCAAAAUAGAUGGACAUGAUAUCAGAUCUCUUAAUCUGAGACACUUCCGAGAAUGCAUUGGUGUGGUCAGUCAGGAGCCAGUUUUAUUUGGGACAACUAUUAGAAACAAUAUAAGGUAUGGGCGAGAAGAUGUAACUGAUCAAGAAAUUGAGAAGGCAACAAAGGAAGCUAAUGCAUAUGAUUUUAUAAUGGAUCUUCCUGAAAAAUUUAAUACCCUUGUGGGAGAAAGAGGAGCACAAAUGAGUGGAGGCCAGAAACAGAGAAUAGCUAUCGCUCGAGCUUUGGUGCGCAACCCUAAGAUUCUCCUUUUAGAUGAGGCCACAUCUGCCCUGGAUACUGAAAGUGAGGCAGUCGUCCAAGCUGCACUGGAAAAGGCCAGCAGAGGUCGAACCACAAUUGUUAUAGCUCACCGGCUUUCCACCAUUCAGACAGCAGAUGUAAUCAUGACCAUAGUGGAUGGCACUGUGGCUGAAAAAGGAACACAUGCAGAGCUGAUGGAGAAAAAGGGGCUAUAUUAUUCACUUGCAACAGCCCAGUCAAUUAAAAAAGCAGAGCACAGUGAAGAAUCAGCAGAAACAGUUCUGAAAAAUCAUGAAGAAUCACCACCCAGCAACAGCUUGAUCUCUGAAAAAGCAAGAAUAAAACAUAUUCCACAAAAGAUGUCUGAAGAAGAAGUCAAACCUGAAGAGGAACAUCUGCCCCAAGUUUCUUUGCUGAAACUUUUUAAAUUAAACAAAUCUGAGUGGCCUUUGAUUGCAUUAGGGACGCUGGCUGCCAUUAUAAAUGGAGCAUGUUCCCCCCUCUUUGCCGUCAUAUUUGGUAAAAUUGUAACAAUUUUUGAAAUAAAAAAUAUCAGUACCUCAUACAAAGUGCAGAUCCAACAUGAAGCUAACAUUUUGUCCAUCUUAUUUGCUGGGAUAGGUGUUGUUUGCUUUCUGACUUAUUUCUUACAGGGAUUCCUUUACGGGAGAUCAGGAGAAAUCCUAACAAUGAGAUUAAGGCAUAUGGCAUUUAAAGCCAUGCUGCGACAGGACAUCUUUUGGUUUGAUGAUAAAAAAAAUAGUACGGGAGCUUUAACAACAAGAUUGGCCACAGAAGCAGCACAAGUUCAAAUGGCAGUAGGCUCAAGACUUGGUGUAAUAGCACAAAACAUUUCCACCAUGGGAUUGUCCAUCAUCAUUUCUUUUAUAUAUGGAUGGGAGAUGACUCUGCUGAUCCUAGUGAUUGCUCCCGUGCUUACAGUAACUGGAAUGCUGGAAGUUUCUGCACUGACUGGAUUCGCCAACAGAGACAAAAAAGAAAUGCAGAGAGCCGGGAAGUUGGUUCAUGGUUUCUAUACAAAUGUUGUAUGUUGCAGAAAUGCUCAAAAGAAAGCUCAGAUCUACAGUUCCUGUUACGCAUUCAGCCAGGCUUUUCUGUAUUUCACCUAUGCUGCAGGCUUUCGAUUUGGGGCAUAUUUAAUUACAGCUGGAAGAAUGACCCCUGAGGGCAUUUUCGUGGUUUUUACAGCAAUUGCAUAUGGUGCAGUGGCAGUAGGUGAGACAUUGACGUUUGUACCUGACUAUGCCAAAGCCAGAUCUGGGGCUGCACACCUGUUUGCUCUGUUCGAAAGGACUCCAGCCAUUGAUAGCUACAGUGAAGCAGGAGAUAAACCAGACACAUUCAGUGGAAGGUUAGAAUUCCGUGAAGUCUCUUUCAUUUAUCCAACUCGCCCAGAUGUUCCCAUCCUGCAGGAUUUGUCUCUUACAAUUGAACGGGGACAGACUGUAGCAUUUGUUGGAAGCAGUGGAUGUGGGAAAAGCACUUCUGUUCAGCUCCUACAGAGGUUUUAUGACCCUCUGAAAGGGCAAGUGCUAUUUGAUAGCACAGAUGCGAAGCAUUUGAAUGUACAGUGGCUACGCUCUCAAAUAGGAAUAGUAUCCCAAGAGCCAGUGCUUUUUGAUUGCAGCAUUGCUGAAAAUAUUGCCUAUGGAGAUAACAAUCGGACUGUGCCAAUGGAUGAGAUAAUAGCAGCAGCAAAAGCAGCAAAUAUCCAUACUUUUAUAGAAGAACUCCCUGAGAAAUACAACACACGAGUUGGAGAUAAAGGAACACAGCUCUCUGGCGGCCAGAAACAACGAAUAGCCAUUGCAAGGGCUCUUAUCCGGCAACCAAAAAUGUUGUUGUUAGAUGAAGCCACUUCAGCACUUGACAAUGAAAGUGAAAAGGUGGUACAACAAGCCCUUGAUCAGGCACGGAAAGGAAGGACCUGCAUUGUGAUUGCUCACCGACUAUCAACCAUACAGAAUGCAGAUAUCAUUGUUGUAAUUAACAAUGGAAAAAUAAUAGAAGCAGGAACUCAUCACCAGCUAAUGGCAAAGCAGAAAGCAUAUUUUAAUUUAGUAAAUGCACAAAUGUUUCUCUAAAACAAGGAUGGCCUGAAGCCAUCUUUAGAAAUGAGAUGUCAGGAAAAAAAAAAGUACUGUCGUGUGUGGUCUGACCUUGUGGUUUUACAGGUAACUUUCUUCACAUGCUGUUCUGCUGGGGACUUGGAGCUGGCAGCCAGCUUGCAGUUCUUAGCUCAGAAUGCCAAGAUACACCUACAAUACUGAACUGAAUAGGAACAUGGAAAACAUCUAUUUCUCACAUCAGCUUAUGAUCAGUAUUUAACUCAAGUGUUUUUUUUCUGAUCCCUUCCCCUCUUCCAUAAGCCAUGUAACUGAAUGCUUACUACUGUGUUAGCACUGACAGAUACAAUGGUCUUGAUGUAUUACCUUGAACUGAUGUUAAUUUUUUCCCUUAAUUUUUAUAGAAGGUGGUUUGAAUAAUAAAUUUAAAUUGACCUGUUUGCUACAAUUGAAAAUAAUGUUGGGCAUUCCCUUAAAACUCAAACAGCCCUCCCCUUGAACAAUGUUUAGAUCCAGAUUAAAGUUUUAUUACUCAACCCACCCCAUAUUUCAGUUAUUUACUUAAUCUCUUCUCCUUUUUAAGUCCUAAUUUAAUAUUUUUACAGAAGCCCCCCUAAUAUCAAUUUAAGAUUUAGAAUUCUAACAUCAGUUCAAGAUGAUAUAUGAAGACCAUUAUAUCUGUCAGUGCUAACACAGCAGUACCGGCCCUAACACAAAAAUAACUGUCCUGUUGUAUGCUUUAUGGAAGAGUGGAAGGGAUCAGAAUAACCAUUUAAGUAAAAUACUGAUCAUGAAGUGAUUACAGAAUCCCCUUCAGGGAUUUUCCUACAUCUUUGAAUAACUCACUGAAUGUUGAUGUCUGAGCCCCAGUGUUCCUAUAUGAAAAACUGAGUUAAUGCUACUUUUUCAAAUUUGCAUAGUGCUCUAAGAACCACAAAGGAAAAGUGCUAGCAGCCAGCAAAUGGGCUGUUCAGUAGUUAUCAUUAAAAGUUAGGCUGUGAAGAGAAGCCCAAGGGUUGUGAAAACAUUUUCCUGAAUUUUGUGGAAAAUCUGCAAUUGCCUGUUUUGUUAAUAAAACCAUGCACUCAAAUAGCUAGGAAUCUAGUGUGUGUGCAAUGGCCUUAUUUGUGCACAUAUGCACACACUGUGGUAACUUAAGAGUGCUUAUAAGUAUGUAACUGUGUAUGCAGACUCAGGUGUUUAAAGACAACAUAUAAAGAGGUCUUUUUUCCUUCUUGUUAACUUUUUUUUACCAGUUAUGGUUACCUUUUUAUAAUAAGUUGAAACUUCUAUGUGUUUAAGUUUUCUUUCAUUUGCAUCAUGACUGUAGUGGUUCUGAUAAAGGGCUCUGUCAGUGUUCACUAGAGAACACUAUUGGAAACUUUCUCAGCUCCUACCUGUAGAUAAAAGGGCAUUGAAUCUUGCAACUAAGAGAUUCUUUUCCCAAUUUUUUGAUGAGAAUGUACAUUUUUUAAAAGUGUAAACAAUUUUUUUUCUUCCCAGUUGCUUAGAUUUGUCUCCUGCAAUGCUAUAAAUUCUGCUGUCUCCAGUCCUCAAAGGAAUUUUCCAGUAUCAAAAAAAUGUUUAUAAUUUUGAAUUUCUUCCCCCCUUUUAGCAGGUUCCUUUAUGUUGUUAAAAUGCCAUUUCCAAGAAUCACUUUGUAAUUAAUCAAGUUACUUACAACUCUGUUGGAAAUUAGACUUGGAAUUAGAAACUCAUUUUCAAAGUUGGCAAAGGGCUAAAAGUUGUCUUUAAAACUCUUAAGGCUAAAUCCUCUCAUAAUCUGUGCAUCCUUUCUAAAUGUAGUGCAAGAUUGGCUACAGUACUUGGGUAAUGAUACAUGGGACACUUCCAACCUGUGUGCACCAAAUGUACCACUCAGAAUUGGCAAAGUUGCUCUCUCAAAGGUCUUGGCCUGAACUAUAAUUAAUUCAGAUCUACUGUAAAGCUCAGCCUAAAUUAGAUCGAUCCCACUGGAAGAUUUCUGUCUACCUGUAGAUGGAGUAACUAAAGCAGCAGCUACACCUUCCACUAGUGUAAUUAGUAUAGCAUAUUAGUAUAUUAACAUGUCCUUAAAUUACAGAUAUUUUAGUUAUGUUUAGUUAUGUUUAAAAUGCAGAGAUUGGCUUUCAAAAACAAUAUGGAUUAAAGGAACUUCAUUGUGAAUGACGUGACUUGGGUCACUGCUUUUUGGGGACUUGUCUGUUCUCCACCCCACCUUCUUGCUUACCUGCCAAGACAUGUUAUUCAUAUUUUUCUUGGGCAGGUUCGAUGGUUCCACAGAGUGAAGGUCUGUUUUGCUAGACAGUGUAUUCUUUUGAAGGGCUCCACCUCCCCUACACAGUGCCCCUUUUCUCUCAAGUCCAUGGUGCGACUCACACUGGUCCCACAUUCAUGAUUCCACUUCCAUAGCCACCAUCUGAGGAAGGUUGCUGGAUUCCUCCACAAGUAGAAUUCAGAGUCCCAGGGCUAAUAAUUCUCAACUUUUAAUGUUUAACUCCU